UUAAAAAGACAAUCACAAGGUCCCAUUACACCUAGCAAUACUUAUACAAUAAAUAUGAUUAGUGAAUUUGAAAAAUAUUUAACAUGGGAAAGAUUAGAAAAUUUUAAGAUACAUGAGCGGAAUUCACAACAAAAGAUAAGUACUAUCUUAGAUAAUACAUAUAGUAUAAAUAAUAAUUUAGAAAUGAUUUACAAAGAGGUCAAAAAGCCAGAUCCGCCUAGACAUUAUGAAACAAUUAUAGAAACACCAGCUUAUGAAAGAUUUGUACAAAGACAAAAACAAAAAGUAUAUGAGGAUGAAUUAAAAGCUAAGAAAAAUGCAGAAUAUGAAGAAUUUAUAGAAUGGAAAAAACAACAACAGUUGAAAAAAGGAAAAAUGAAAGAAACAAAAGAUAUACCAUCUUUUCUUAGAGAAGAAGAACCAGUACAGAUAAAAGAAGAUACAACAUCACAACUAUUAGAAAUGAUGAAAGAAAUCAGGAAAGAAUUAGAUGAAAUUAAGGAAAAACAGCGCCAAAAAGAAGAAGAAAAAGUAAAUACUAUUCAACAAGAAGAAGGGUUAGAUCCAGAUGAUUUAGAACCAGAAUUGUUAAAAUUAGAAAUUAACAAAGUUGAAAGAGAAGAAACUGAAGAAGAAAUUACAUCAGAAAAAGAAGAAGAAAUUAUAUCGGAAGAAGAAAUUAUACAACCAGAUGAAUAUAUCAAUGUAAAAAUUGAGCAAGAUGAAUAUAAAUAUCAAGAUGAACCCAGAACUUAUAAACCUAGAGAUCAUUAUUAUCAAGGAGAAAUUAGAAGACAACGAGCAUAUAAAAAACCUAGUUAUAGGAGAUCAGAAUAUAUAAAUAAUAGAAGAGAACAAUUUGAACCAACUUAUAAAAGCAAUUUAGAUACAACAAUUACAGCAAAUGGAGAAAUACUAAGUUUAGAUUGUGUAACACCUACAGAAGCAGAAGAAAACAAAAUACGAAUAAUGAAGAUACGAAGAAAUUUAUAGCAAGAACAUUUAUAGGAAAUGUAAAAGAAUGGUAUGAAAAUUUGACAGAAGAUGCAAAAAAUAAAUUAGAUGGACAAAGGUCAUUAGCAACACUACAGUUUUAUGAAUUAGCUAUAAGAGCAGAAUUUGGUAAAUUAGGAAUUGAAACGGAAGUAGAUAAAUAGAAUCAAAAACAAAGAAUAGCAAGACAAAAUAUACAACAACUUAUGAUAUGCAACAUGGCACAUGAAAAUCUUAAAGCUUAUUAUUGCGAAUUUUCAGAUUAUUUCCAUAGUGCAGGAUAUACAAAAGAAGAACUUGAAAGAGUACUUGAUUUAUUUUAUAUAAAGUUACCUCAACCUUGGGGAGCAACUAUAUUAGAUGCAUUUAAUCAGAAAAUAAAACCAAAUAUUACAAUAGAUAGUUUAGGAACAAGAAUGGCCUAUUUAGAACAAAGUAUAAGAGAAAAAUGUCAAGAAAAUUGGUUAGCAAAAACAGCUAGAAAAAUAGAUAAAACAAAACCAGAAUUAGAUUGCAAAUAUUAUGAAGUAGGAAAAUAUGGAUGUAGUACAUCUAGAAAUUACAAAACUAGGAGAAAAUAUAAAAGAAAGAAAUAUAAACCUAUUAGAAGGUAUGAUUAUAUAAGACAAGGUAUUAAGAAAAAAUAUUAUCGACCGAAAAAAUAUAUG